AUGAAAUGCACUGGUGGAAAGGUUUAUUAUUCUUGUGGUCCCUCAAAGGACCAACCUGUUUGUGGAGGUGUUACGUUACCAACAAAUAAGGGUACUGAUUGCAUUGAAGGCUGCUUUUGCCCUAAUGGUACCGUUUUACAUGAAAAUAAAUGUAUUGUUAAAGAAGAAUGUCCUUGUAAAUUCCGGGGCAAAUAUUUUCUACCUGGUUCCACUAUACCAAAAGAUUGCAAUACUUGUACUUGUAGUGAAGGCUCCUGGAUUUGUACAGAGGUUAAAUGUCGAGCUCGCUGUUCCGCAAUUGGUGAUCCACAUUACACAACUUUUGAUGGCAAAACAUAUGAUUUUAUGGGGCAAUGUAAUUAUUAUUUGGUAAAACAUGACAAUUUUACAAUUGAAGCAGAAAAUAUAGCUUGUGCUGGAUCAAUAUCAUUGGUAAAAACAUGA